AUGUCUUCAGGUUGGAAGACUCCCCACGAAUCAGAUGCAAUGCCUGAGAUCAUGGUGAAAAUCAUUGGAAGUAAACAUUUCCGAUAUAUUGUGGAGAAACCAAUGACCAAGCAGGAGGAAAUCCUGAAGGCAGAAACCCAACUAGCUCUCCAGAAAUCCAAACCCAUGUCUGGCAAUGCAAAGCAAAUGAGCAAGAAUGCAGAGUCCCACACUGGCUGCUCUGAUCAGCAAACCAGGGACAACCCAGAUGAUGUGGAAGAGAAAAAGCACCCAAACAGCAACCAGAAACUCCUAAUGGGAACACAUGCCAACAGAUUGCUGGGUAACAAAAGUUCCAGGCAGACAAAUGCCCAUUGCUACUCUGUACCAACUGGAGACCAGGCCUUGUCCUAUAUUCAUGGCCUCCCCAGGAGAAAGCUUAAAGACUCAUCUUUGGAACACAUGGAAAAGAACAGUUCUUGUCAACUUAAGGACAUUGGCCAGAAGCCAAAUGGAACGCAGAGAGAAGAUGCUUUUCUCCUUGCCCUGAUCAGGAGAGAACUCAUGUCCCAGCCUUUGAGUUCCAGCUUGUUACACAACCUCCACAAAGAGCUGAAGACCUUGGACCCCAUCUCCUCUCAGUUUCUCCUCAAGUCUCAGCUGAGCCAGCUCCUCAUAAGGCACCAAGUCCCUCUGCAGUUACCAACAGUCAAGCUCCUUUUCCAGCGAUUCUCUAAGAGAGGCUCUCCUGAAAUGGUAAAUUAUGAAAAACUACUCUGGUUUUUAAAGGAUGCAACUUCAGAUGAGUUCCAGCAAAACACAACAGUUGUGGACAGCACCCUGAAGAAAACUCAGAGUCAUAGUAAUCAUAGCCAAAGGGCCCCACCUCAGGGCUCCAGCUUGCAGUCUGAAAUAAACAAGAGCCUUCUGGAGAUUUUGAAGAUGGCACUGAAGAUAGCCAAUGGCAGACCCAACAUCACAAACCUCAACCUGAGUUUUCGCAAAGAAGAUCAUUCAUUCUCUGGCUGCCUCCCUCUACCCAAGGUCAGAGCUAUAUGUGGGAAGCAUGGAUUAUAUAUAACCUUGAGCCUGCUGGAAACAUUGCUUAACUACCAAGACUUGGGUUACCAAGGGGAAAUAAGAUGGCAGAAGUUUGUUGAUUUGCUGAGCCAGGCUUCUUUGGAUUUGUCUGAUACAUCUACAGGGAAGUUUGCAAAGGAUUCCCCUACUACUCAGAGGAAAUCUGAAGUCCAUGAGAUAGCUCAAAGCAAAACUGAACACGUGAACACUGCAGAAGAGAAACAGCAACCAGAAAGCCCUCUUGCUAAGACUUCAGCCCCACAAGAUGCUCUGAGCUCACUGAAGAUCAGGCCAGCUUCUCAGCCUCCCAUGAGUCCAGCCAUGAAGAACAAGCCUGAAGAAUGUGAAAUGUGGAUAGACAGGUUCAGAAAGCUGGAAAAUGCCCUCUACCUGUGCAAUCCCAGUAACACAGGAGUUCUGGAGAAGGGACGAGCCAGACGCCUAAUUCACAACUACAAUCUCAUGUACAACCUGUCCCUCAGCCCUCGGAAAAUCGACCAGGCUUUGCAGAGAUUUUGCAAAGGGGAAAAUAUGGUCUUGGAGCCAGCUCUGAGGUACUUAAAGGAGCUGUAA